AUGCAAAAGCCUGAAAGUUUCGUUUUGACGCCGUUCCAAAAGUUUUGCAUCAGAUGGAGCGUGUUUUUCGACUCGUCCUCGGACCGUCUGUCCAGAACCGAAACAGUGCUCAGAACUAUUCAGUUUUCAACGAUCAUGAUCACUUCGGGGAUGACCAUGACUUCGGUGUUGAUCGCUGACAACAAAAAAGCGCUCGAAUCGUUCACGUACUUCGUUAUAUGUGUGUUCAUGUUGGCGAUCAUAACGUUCGCCAUCAGGACAAAACGUUUCAACCGGACCAUGCUGCUGAUGGUCAUCGACGAGUUCCCCAGCUACAAUAGGCCCAUGCCUGAUGCACUCAAGCGCAAGAUAGCGGCAAUACGCACAUCCUACAGUGACUUUACGAUGAAGGUAAUCGUUUCUUAUCUCACAUUGGUCUUGUUCGAGAUACCGGCCACUGCGAUGGUGCCGCUGGCAGCCGCAGGUCUAACUCAAGUCAAGUUGGGUUCACAGAGCACGCAGAUGGUGGUCCUGUGGUUCCCGGCUGACACAAGUCAGCCGCCAAAAUCUAAACAAAAAUAUGAUCAAAACUUAGAUUUAGUAACUACAYAAUUAAUAUUUAAUCAAUGA